GCCAAUCACCAUCCGCAUGUGCCAGCUGCUCGCGCUCCCCGAGGUGCCGUUCCUCUUCUCGCAGUUCUUUGCGGGCAACAUCUGGGCCGUCACCCUCGUCACCGGCAACCCGACCAACGUCUUGCUCGCCGAGGACCUCGGCGACACGUUUGUCUCGUUCGCCGCCCGGAUGGGCGUACCGGGAGGGCAAGACUCUGAAGGCGACGGCGACGGCGAGCGAUCCAGCCUCGGCUCGCGCCACCACUCUCCCGAGGGCGAGCGGGGCUCGGCCCGCGACGGCACGUUCACGCGCACCGGCGUCUUUUGCCUCGUGCGGGUGCUCACAGCGACGCUCAUCUGCGCGCUCGAGUCGGUGCACGGACUGCCCGUCUACCUCGUCGUCCUCAUCAUGGGCGCCUGCUCCAUCGUCGUGGACGGCCUGAUCGAUGCCGCUUUCGUGGCCGACACGCUGCGCCACAUGCCAUGGGAGCUCUUCAGCUUCGUCACCGGCUUCCUCGUCCUCGCGGAGGCCAUGUCUGUCACCGGCAUUUCGCUCGCUUUGGCGUCGGUGUUCCUGCCCCUCGCGCACACCAAGUCCGUCGCGUACGUCUCCGGAUUCGUGACGAUGCUCUUUUGCAACCUGUUUGAGACGCUGCCAGCCACCCUCAUCGUCUUCAAAAUGAUCGACUCGGUGCCGCAAUGGAAGCCUGCUGCCAUCGCCGCUGCCGGCGUCCACGGCGCCGGAUUUCGCGCGGCACGGCGCGCGGCGCUCUCUGCUGUCAUCUUUGGCUCAAACUUUGGCGCAAACACGGCGUGCAUCGGCUCGUUGGGCGGGCUGAUGAUGCGGCGGCUCGCGGCGAUGCAAGGCGUCGUGGUGACCAACGGCAUGCUCCUGCGGCAGGGCAUCCCUGUGAUGAUACCGACGAUGUUCGUGGCGUGUUGGGUGCUGGUCAAUUGGUCGGAGGUAUGACAACUGGCAGCACAGCCCGACAGGCGCCUGCGGCCGGUGCCGGUGGUGGACGUGGUAUGUCAGUGAUGCCCCAGCGGCUGCUGCCUCUGUGAAAGAUGGAGCAAGAUUCGACGAUCUGACUGACACAUGGGUGUGUCGGGCCGGGCGUCGCCUCUGAGAGAGAUCUGAGAGGUCUGCGUGUGUGUUCUUCGCGUGCGUAAAAAAAAACUGUUCAAGUCUU